AUGGCGCAAACUUUACGCAGCAUUCCUCCGCUGCCCUCUACAGAAAGAGGCACCUUCUGCUCCAUUUCAAGCGACAAGAGCGGUGAGCUGCUCCUCUACUGCAGCGGCAGCAACGUGAUUUGGCGUCCGUUGUCUGCAAUGGCAGCUGGAACCGAAAAGCCGGACGACAUUUUCUGCUGGCGAGGUCACGUCAAGAACACCACCUGCGCGGCUAUGUCGCCAAAUAGCCAGUGGGUUGUAUCCGGUGAUGUCACAGGAUCAUUGAGACUCUGGGGUGCCAAAGGGGAGCAUGCACAGAAGAACGAGUACAAGCUUUGGGACGGGGUUGUGAAAGAUGUCGCCUGGAGUGACGAUUCGGGCCGCCUGGUUGCAGCUGGUGAUGGCAAGGAGGUAAGGGCAGCGGCAAUGAUCUGGGACACCGGCAGCAAAACAGGCGAGGUAACUGGCCACACCAAGCAGGUCAAUUCCAUUGCUUUCCGGUCCCAGAGGCCUUUCAAAGUGGUCACUGGCGGCGAGGACAUGCAAGUCAUCUUCCACCAAGGUCCACCCUUCAAGUUCGUCAGGUCUCACAACGCGCAUUCCAACUUCGUGAACUGUGUGCGAUACUCGCCAGACGGUGCCUGGUUUGCCUCUGCCGGCUCUGACUCCAAACUUUGUCUCUACGAGGGCAAGGAGGGAGAGUUUUUGAAGGAGUUUGCGAAGCCCGACGGCGUCUCUGGCAGCUUCUGGGCAAUGGCUUGGUCCCCCGACUCGGCACGCUGUGCCACUGCUGGUGGGGACAAGAAGCUCCGCAUUUGGGACCGAGAAGCUGGCGCCCAGGUAGCAGAGGCCACCGUCGGAACGGCUUUGGCAGACAUGCAAGUCGGUGUAUCUUGGGCAUCCCCUUCGCGCGUGGUAUCCGUCUGCUUGGACGGGCGGCUGCUGCUCUGGGAUGUCACCUCUGGCCUCAGCCUUGCCGGCACCAUCAAUGGCACGCAGGGUCCCUUGAAUUGCCUGGCUUGUGACAAGAAAUCGAAGAGCCUGGUGUACGGAGGGACAGAGGGCUCUGUUGCUAUUGCUCCGUCGUCAGGGCCGGUGAUCAGGGCAAGUAUUGGCAAGGGCAUUCAGCAUGUUCUGGGUCAUUCUGAUUCCUUCGCCGGGAAGCCAGAAGCCUGGAUCGUCUCCCUCGAUGAUUGCAUCCGCAAGAUUGCGCUGGAAACCGGCGAGGCAAGCGCGCCUGUCGAGGUCAAGGAGUUCAUGGUCGGUGCAGGCUGGCUUGAUGCAGGUGAAACGAAGCUCAUAGUUGCCACCGGGAAGAAGAACUUUCACUGCAUCUCAGACUCAAUCGUUUGGAGCAAAGCCGAUGCCGUGAAACGAAGGCCCACUGCUUUUGCUUCACUUGCAGGGAAGAAAGUCGCGGUUGCCCUGGAGCAGCCCGAGGGGCAAACCGGUGGCAUGUCUAGUGCGCAGUAUGACAUCCACCUUCUGCACCUGGCCUCCAGCGAUGCUGCUCACAAGAUCGUGGUUUGGGGGCUGAGUGACGGCAAUCCGGUGGCCAAGAUCUCCGAUUGGAACUUCCACACGGCUAGGGUCUCGUCCUUGGAUUGGCUGGAGGGUGGCCAGAAGCUGGUCAGCGGAUCCUUGGAUCGCCACCUCUUCGUCUGGGACCUUCAAAAGCCCGACUCCAAGGUGCAGAUCAAGGACACGCACAAGGGUGGGGUCACCGCAGUGGCGGCAGUGAGCGAUGCCAGCUUUGCCUCCACAGGUCACGACGGCUUCGUGCUGCUGCAUGGGCUAAGCUAA